AUGUCUCUCCUUCAACAUCUCCGUUUGUACCAUGGAAAUUGGAUGUUGAAGAAAGCGGAGCUGAAUGAGCUUUUUGCUGGCCGCCCGAAGCUUCUGUUCACUGUCUACCCGCUUGGAAAUGUCAUCAACGGCCGGCCGAUGAUUGCGAACACACUGUGAGUUGGGGUUGGGUGCGACAAAAAAGAGCUAUUCACACUACGUACAUUUUGGAGCGUACAAAUGAGAUAGAAACUGCGAAAACGACAAUUAACUGACGAGAAUGAGCAUGGGAAAUCGUUGAUACUUGAGUUCACAGAAAAAAAAAGCAGAUUUUUGGCUAACUUAUACGUAUUAAAUAGCAAUUAAAUAAAAGUGUUGAACAUAAAUUCGAACAUGCGCUUAUUUUUGCAGUGUCAAGGACACACUCACUUGCUUCCCAGGGACCGAGGACGCAGUUAGUUUGGUCGAAUUCUACAAGCAGAUGUUCGCUUGUGUCAACAUUUUUAGAAAUAUUUUGAUUGUCUCGUUCAGCUUUCACUACCGUAUUCUAUUUCCGAAUGACCUUGCCAUCUACUUCGACACGAACCCGUACAAGUUCUACCCAGCCGAACUGAUCUACGUCGACGAAAUCGAGGCAUGCAGGGACUUUCUUUCGAAUCCCUUCACUAUCGUGGUAUGA